UUAUUAAAAAUAAAUUAGCUUAAAAUGUUAAAUGAAGCCACAAUAUUAUUUUAAUUUCCUAACAUGCAGUUAACCCCUUUUAAAGGCAUGUAUGUUUCAGUGUUAAUGUAUUAGUGCAUGAUUUUAGAAAAGUGUUGCAUGCAGCAAGUAGAGGCUCUAAUCCUUGCCACAUCCGAUAUUCUACUUAUCUGCCUACCUCGGCUCAAGACAGCGAUCUCCAAAGCCUUUCAUCUGACAUUCCAACUGAUGAUACCAUGUCUGUCACAGACAAUAGUAGUUUGGAAUGUUUUCCAUUAACAUCAAAAUACCAGCUUAAGAAACAACACAGAACCAUGAAGAAACAUGCCUUAAUGAAUAAAGACUCACUUGGUUGUCCACAGUUUAAUCCUUGCCAUUACAUUUAUUCUAAAGACAUGCCACCAUCUAUUGAGCCUGAAAGGUUUGCAGCCAUUCUUACAGAGAAGUUGCUGCAUGUGAAGAAAAAACUUGAAGCUGAAGAGAAAAUGGAAGAAUCACUUCGAAAAGUGGAAGCAGAAGAAAGUUUAUCGAGACCAUACGAUGCAAGCUUAUCAUCGUCUUUUGAACGAUUUGCUAGAAUCCCUCCUCAGCUCAUUACGGCAGCUAUGAAAGAAAAACUUUCACGAACAGAUGAAAGUGACCAAUCCAUCCUUGAUGAACACGUAUCUCGAGUUUGGAAGGAUUCAAAUCAUACUUCUCCGGAUCAUUCGCCACCACGACCUAGAGGUCUUGACUGGGGAAUUGAGCCCUCUCAAGAAGUCCUUAUUAACCCUUACCAAGUGUUAAGGUCCCCACACGUGAGUCGACAUCACAUCUCAGGAAGACACAGAAGGGAACGAGACAAUUGCUCAAGUGACAGUGGAACUGUCCCAGACUUUACUCCUGAGAACGAACGUACAAAUCCUGCCAUACGCCCCAUCCACGUGUACCGACACGUUCAUCACCACUAUCUUUCACCACUUGAUAAUCCAACAGCCCCAUUGUUUAAAGGGAAUAAUGUGGGGCCAGAACCUGCUGGAAAUGAAGAACGGCGUAGAUCCAAAGAAACCACUCGCAGAUCUAAGAAGGCACCACCAGGGGACUCUAGCAGUAGUUGUGUGGACAGUGGAGUUAGUAUGGUGGGUGGCACUUUGCCUCCAAUGGAUGUUACUGAAAGAGUCUACAACUGGAUUCGGGACAAAGAAAAAUAUAGAUCCCAAUCCCAUGGACCUGAUGUUGAAAGAGAGUCAUCCUCAAAACACAAGAAGUCCAGUCGCAGUGGUACAUCUCUGGUUCCUUCUGCAUCCAGCAAACAGAGCCAAUCCAAAAAACCUUUGGCGUAUAACACUUCUCGGUCUGGAUCCUUGGAGCGAGGGGGAAGUUCACCAUGGCCUCUCCCCCUAUCUGGUGGACACAUUCCUCAUCCAAGAUCUUCUGCUAAAGAUGUUCCUUUGUUAGAUCCACCGAUACAACACUCUGAAUCAAAGCGCCGUCCUGAAGAUGAUUCUCGCUCAAAGUCUGCAAAACCAAAUGGCAGGAAACCAGGAAAGAAGUCCUUGUCCACAGUUACUGCAGGAGGCGAUGUGACAAUUAUUGGCUACUGUUUUGCAGGAGAAUCAGUGCCUUACCGUACUAGACUUCCUGGAAAGAAGAUAACUCUCAAACAGUUCAAAUCUCUACUCAGUAAAAAAGGAAACUAUAGGUAUUUCUUCAAAAGAGAAUGCAAUGAGUUUGGAACUGGUGUUAUUAAUGAAGAAAUUUCUGAUGAGAAUGAAGUUUUACCACUCUGGGAAGGAAAGAUUUUUGCCCUCGUACAGCCUAUCGAUUAAAGGAAAGACCAAAGUAUCUUGAAGAUUAGUAUUACUUCUCAGUAUUGGAUUAUUUUUUAAUCUGAGACCCAGAUAACAAGAUUCAUAGUAAUGCUAUUUUCUAAUAAAAUUGAAGGCUUAAAGGGACUAGUUAUUAAAAAUGUUUUAGAUGAAAAAAUUUAAUAAUUGUAUUUUUAUGUGAAGGAUAAAUUAUUUUAGUAUGUGGUUGGAUAUCUUUUAAUUAUGAUAAAGAAAUGUGAGAGGGUUAAAUAGGGAAGUAUACUUGUAUCUGUCACAUUAAUUCACUGUGUAGUGUAUACUAAGUGUUGUUGGGCUACAACAUAUUCCAGAUGUUGCAUUGGUAACCAGGCUAGAGUUACACGGGUUGUAACUGUACAAAUCCUUUACAAUGAACAAACUUGAAACAAGUGCAGUUGAAGUUUGAAUUGUAUUGUAACUCAGGUCUUCCUCAGGAAGCUGUUCAAGCCACGUCCAGAAGUGCACUUAAGUUUACAGUGUAAUGUCCACAUUUACGUUAAUGGUUUGGAAGUACUGACCAAAGUGUGUGUAUAUAAGUGUUGUACAGAAGUUAUUGUUACCUAAAAACGUUUUUCUAGUAGCAGUGAGUCGUUAUCAGUUAUUUACUAAAUCUAGGAACUCGGCUUGAAUUUUAGGUGCCAAUUUACUAAUCCAUCUCCAUUAAUUAUGUUUAUGGAUCAGACAAUCAGUUACCUUUUUAAAAUACUGGAUGCUUCCAUCUGUUGCCUUUUAAUAAAAGUGCCAUAUGAAACUGUUCCUUUUGGAAGUUGUGUAAAUAAUCUUACUGUGAUGUUAAAUAAAGUUUGAUUACUA